ACAAUGGUGGUGAAGGUUUAUGGAGAUUAUGCUAACCCUAAGAGGGUGAUAGUGUGUCUGAUUGAGAAGGAAGUUGAGUUUGAAAUAGUCCAUGUUGAUGGCCUUAAGGGGGAGAAUAAACUGCCAGAGUACCUUAAGUUGCAGCCCUUUGGAUUGCUUCCUGUUGUUAAAGAUGGUGACUACAUCCUUUAUGAAUCAAGGGCAAUACUUAGAUACUAUUCAGAAAAGUACAAAAACCAAGGGAGUGCUUUAUUGGGAAACACAAUAGAAGAGAGGGGUGUUGUGGAGCAAUGGCUUGAAGUUGAAGCUCAUAACUAUGACCCUCCAAUCUACAACUUGGUGAUGAAUAUUUUGGCUUUGCCAUUAGUAAAGGGUGAAGCAGAAGAUCCAAAGGUUACUAAAGAAAAUGAAGAAAAGCUAGGGAAGGUGCUUGACAUUUAUGAGGAGAGACUAUCCCACACAAAGUACCUUGCAGGGGAUUUCUUCAGCCUUGCUGACCUUAGUCAUCUUCCAUUUACCCAUUUAUUGAUGAAUCAUAUGAAGAAAGGGUAUAUGAUUAGAGAAAGGAAGCAUGUGAGUGCUUGGUGGGAUGCUAUUAGUAAUAGACCAUCCUGGAAGAAGGUUCUUCAACUAUACAAAUGACCUUUUUAGGGUUUUCAACUUUUCUUUGACCUUGAGAAUAAAAUGUUGCAUGUUCUUCAUAUUAGUACUUCACUAGAUGAUGAGGGUAUAGGUAUCAAGGUAUGUAACAAACUUGAGUAAGAGGCUGGCAGGUCAA